GCCGAGGCCUGGCCCCCCCGCGGCGAAGAAGUCGGGGCCAUAGAGCCCCGCAGGCGGCCGCCCAGGGGGCGCGGCCAGAGCGUGCACUGGCGGCGUUUUCCUGGGGCACCGCGGUCGAAGCCUGGGGCUGCUGGGGAUUUAUUCCGCAGCGGCCUGCUCCAGGAUAAAUUAACUUUGACGGUUGUGUAGGUCCAAGGGGGGCGCAGCGAGCCCGCGCCGUCUUUAAUGGCGCGGUGGUGUGCGCAGCAGCAUGCUGGUUGGUCACCUGUGGUGUACAAGAGCGUUGUGGCGCGCGCAUUCUUUGCAGAGUUCACAGCCAUUGUGGUGCACGCGUGCACUAUAGUGUACACGAGAUUCCGCGGCUACUCUCAGCAGUCUCAUCCUGCGCAUCCCAAUGCUAGCUGUCCGGACAUCUCCUCAGGCAUCCUCAGACGGCGCCCGCAUCGUCGCAGCACCAACAGCAGCAUCGUCGCAGCAUCGUUAUCAGCAGUAUGGGGCCGCAGCUCCAGUGCACGUGGGCAUGUGCAGGGCUGCCCACAGCGCGAAGGUUAGGUUAUCGACGGGCUGGACGCGGCGAGGACGAGGGGCUUGCGACGUGCCUGGGGGCACCUUGUGCUAGAGAGGCCAGCGGUGAGGGGCUAGACAGAAGAGCGAUUGCCGCUUGGAUGCUGUUUCCCCUGCUGCUGCCCC